AUGGCAGCAUCGCCGCCGCGCCGCCGCGCCUCGCCGCCGUCGAUCCCGGACGAGCUAUUCGAAGAGAUCCUCCUCCGCCUCCCACCCGACGACCCCGCCUGCCUCCUCCGCGCCUCCCUCGUCUGCAAGGCCUGGAGCCACACCGUCUCCAGCCCCAGAUUCCGCCGCCGCCUCCACGAGCUCCACCCCACACCCCCCGUGCUCGGCGUCCUCCACAACUGGGAAUACGACGCCAUCCCCCGAUUCAUCCACACCACCGCAUCGUCCUUCUCCCUCGCCGCCCCGGACUCUCGCUCCUGGCGUGCCCUUGACUACCGCCACGGCCGCGCCCUCUUCCUCUCCAAGGGCCAGGACGCCGAGGAGCUCCUUGUGUGGGGGCCAAUCACGGGCGCCCAGCAGCGCGUACCGGUGCCCGCGGCGUUCCAGGGCGACUACCCGACGGCUGCCGUGUUCUGCGCAAUGGACGGGUGCGGCCACCGCGACUGCUUCGGGGGCCCUUUUCGGGUGGUCUUCGUCUUCUGUGUCGAUGAAGAAGACGCUGAGCUGGAUCCGUUUCUCACGUCGGCCGCCGUGUACUCGUCGGAGACCGGCAUGUGGGGCGAGCUGACCUCGAUGCACGGUGAGUUCGUGAUGUACUUCGAAUUUUAUUCCAGCGUGCUCAUUGGAAGGUCACUCUACUUCUUGUCCGACGGUGGGUUGAUCCUGGAGUAUGAUUUAGUGAGGCACGGGCUGACUGUGUUCAACACACCUCAUUGCCAACCCGAUUACAUGUCUGAUGAUGAUGGGUUUGACUAUAGAUAUAACCUAAUGCUGGCGGAGGGGGGUGCACUGGGUGUUAGUCAAGAAUUGGGUCAGCGUCUCAAAUUGUGGACAAAAGAGCCAAGUUACGGCACUUAUGCGAUAUGGGUACUUAGCCGGGUCAUCAACUUGAAUAUGUUGCUUCCAAAUGAUGCUCUCGUGGAUGCAACAAAUUCGGUGCAAGUGUUGGGCUUUGCUCAGGAAGCAAAUGUCAUUUUCGUGGUGACGGUUGCUGGCCUCUUCUCAAUUGAGCUGCAAUCCAAGCGGGUGAGUAAGAACAACGUCGUCAUGGUUGGGCCCGGAGGUGAUCUGGCCAUGGCACCGGCAGCUCAGCCGGAGGUGCAAGAGAAAGAGAUGGACGGAUCUGCUCCGCUGCCUAGCAACUUCUUCCACAAUGUGGAACAAGAAUUCCCUAGCUUAUAUCAAGUGGUUGUGCCGGAGGAGGAAGCCGCCAGGUUCGCACAUAGCAUCACCGCAGAGGGGAACGACAAACACCACUGGAUGGAGGAGGGAACGCAGCCAGACCCAGAGCCUGAGGAGCCGGCCGCCGACGAGUUCAUCUACGGCUUGCCUUGUCCACACUUCUCACCUGAGAUGAUCCGAAUGUGCAGCAGGAUGCUGUGGCCUCACCUACAUCCUUGUCCGCCAUCUUCUCCGGCCUCUAGUACAUACCAUCAGCUUAAUUCAUUAUAG